UGGGGUUCUCAGGAGGGAGAGUUGGGAGAGGCUUUGCUGCUGAGGAAAUUUAUUUGGUAGAUUGAAGGUUUGAACAGAGCUACAGAAACAAAACGGAAAAAAUCCACACAGGCCAAUGGUGUUCGGGAAGAGAAUAACCCCAUUGCCUUGAGUUUGUAGGUGCCACUACUACUCUGGGAAAAUGGCAGAUGACGAAGAAUAUGAGGAGGUGGUGGAGACAGUAACAGAAACCUAUGAAACUACGACAACAAAGACAUCUAACUAUGGGCAAGCAGAAACUUCCAAACCGGCACUGGCACAGCCAGUACCAGCAAAGCCGGUGGAGAGGAAGAGAAUCAUUCGAAAGAAGAUGGACUGUUCAAAGUUCAUGACCCCUUACAUUGCACACAGUCAGAAAAUGCAGGAUCUCUUCAGCACAAAUAAAUACAAGGAGAACUAUGAGAAAGCAAAAGGACAGCCAUACGCCAUCACAACUGAUACCCCAGAACUUCGCAGAAUCAAGAAAGUACAAGAUCAACUCAGUGAGGUUAAGUAUCGAAUAGAUGGCGAUGUUGCUAAAACUAUUUGUCACGUAGACGAAAAAGCAAAGGACAUUGAACAUGCAAAGAAAGUGUCGCAGCAAGUCAGUAAGGUUUUAUACAAGCAGAACUGGGAAGACACCAAGGAUAAGUACCUGCUUCCUCCUGAUGCCCCUGAACUUGUCCAGGCCAUCAAGAACACAGCCAUGUUCAGUAAGAAACUUUACACUGAAGACUGGGAAGCUGACAAAACUUUGUUUUAUCCAUAUAAUGAUAGCCCGGAGCUGAGGAGGGUUGCCCAAGCCCAGAAAGCUCUCAGUGAUAUUGCCUACAAAAAAGGUCACACUGAACAGCAAACUCAAUUCACAUCUCUGCCGGAUCCUCCAGAUAUAGAAUUUGCCAAGAAAGUGACCAAUCAAGUGAGCAAGCAAAAAUACAAGGAAGACUAUGAAAAUAAAAUCAAAGGCAAAUGGAGUGAGACACCUUGCUUUGAAGUUGCAACCGCCAGAAUGAAUACUAAUAACAUCAGCACAAAGAAAUACCAGGAAGACUUUGAGAAGAUGAAAGACCAGAUCUACUUCAUGCAGACUGAAACACCAGAGUACAAAGUGAAUAAACAAGCUGGGGUGGCAACUAGCAAGGUAAAAUACAAAGAAGACUAUGAAAAGAAUAAAGGAAAAGCAGAUUAUAAUGUACUUCCUGCUUCAGAAAACCCACUGCUCAGGCAGCUGAAGGCGGCAGGAGUUGCCCUAAGCGAUAAAUUGUACAAGGAAAACUAUGAAAAGACAAAGGCAAAGAGCAUAAAUUUCUGUGAGACCCCCAAAUUUAAACUUGAUACAGUUCUGCAGAACUUCGUUAGUGAUACUAAAUAUAAAGAUUCCUACUUAAAGAAUAUUUUGGGACAUUAUGUAGGCAGCUUGGAGGAUCCAUAUCAUACACACUGCAUGAAAGUCUCAGCUCAGAACAGUGAUAAAAACUACAAAGCACAAUAUGAAGAGGACAGAGGCAAAGGCUCCUUCCCCCAGACCAUAACUCAAGAAUAUGAAGCAAUCAAGAAACUAGAUCAGUGUAAAGAUUACACCUACAAAGUCCAUCCAGAUAAGACAAAAUUCACUCAGGUCACCGACUCUCCUGUUCUGGUGCAAGCCCAAGUCAAUUCCAAACAGCUGAGUGAUCUAAAUUACAAAGCAAAACAUGAAAAUGAAAAGUUCAAGUGCCAUAUACCUCCAGAUACUCCUGCCCUUAUCCAGCACAAAGUCAAUGCCUAUAACCUGAGUGAUAAUGCUUAUAAGUAUGACUGGGAGAAGACCAAAGCUAAGAAGUUUGACAUUAAGGUGGAUGCCAUUCCCCUGCUGGCAGCCAAAGCCAAUACCAGGAUCACUAGCGAUGUGAUGUACAAGAAAGACUAUGAGAAAAGCAAAGGAAAGAUGAUUGGAGCCCUCAGCAUUAACGAUGAUCCCAAGAUGCUGCACUCUUUGAAGACGGCCAAAAACCAGAGUGAUCGUGAAUAUCGUAAAGACUAUGAAAAGUCAAAAACUAUCUACACGACACCUCUUGAUAUGCUCCAAGUGACUCAAGCUAAGAAAUCUCAGGCAAUUGCCAGUGAUGUGGACUAUAGGAACCUCUUACACAGUUACAGCUACCCGCUGGACAGCAUUAACGUGGACCUUGCCAAGAAGGCUUAUGCACUGCAGAGUGAUGUCACAUACAAAGCUGACUACAACAGCUGGAUGAAAGGUUGCGGCUGGGUACCUUUUGGAUCCUUAGAAAUGGAAAAGGCAAAGCGAGCUUCAGACAUUCUGAAUGAGAAAAAAUAUCGCCAACAUCCAGAUACUCUCAAGUUUACUUCGAUUGAGGAUGCUCCAAUUAUAGUACAGUCUAAGAUCAACCAGGCCCAGAGGAGUGAUAUUGCCUACAAAGUCAAAGGGGAGGAAUUUAUUCACAAGUACAGUCUGCCGGCAGACGUGCCCCAGUUCAUUCAGGCUAAAGUCAACGCCUACAAUAUCAGUGAGAAUAUGUACAAAGCAGACUUGAAAGAUCUGAGCAAGAAGGGAUACGACCUGAGAAACGAUGCGAUCCCCAUCAAAGCUGCCAAAGCUGCCAGGCAGGCAGCGAGUGACGUUCACUACAAAAAAGAUUAUGAAAAAGCCAAAGGGAAAAUGGUUGGCUUCCGAAGUCUCCAAGAUGAUCCUAAACUGGUUCAUUAUGUGAAUGUGGCCAAGAUACAAUCGGACCGGGAGUAUAAAAAAGACUAUGAGAAGACAAAGACCAAAUACAGCACACCCCAUGAUAUGUUCAACGUUGUGGCAGCUAAGAAAGCUCAGGAUGUUGCCAGCAAUGCCAACUAUAAGCAUUUGCUUCAUCACUACACCUACCUGCCUGAUGCCAUGGACCUGGAAUUGUCAAAAAACAUGAUGCACAUACAGAGCAAUAACGUCUAUAAGGAAGACUACAACACCUGGAUGAAAGGCAUAGGCUGGAUACCUAUUGGCAGUCUGGAGGCAGAAAAAGUUAAAAAGGCAGGUGAUGCCCUGAACGAAAAGAAGUACAGGCAACAUCCAGACACCCUCAAAUUUACCAGCAUCGUGGACUCCCCAGUUAUGGUCCAGGCAAAACAGAACACACAGCAAGUCAGUGAUAUCUUAUACAAAGCUAAAGGAGAAGAUGUGAAACAUAAAUAUACGAUGGGUCCUGAUGUUCCUCAAUUUCUCCAGGCCAAGUGCAAUGCUUACAAUAUAAGUGAUGUCUGUUAUAAACAGGACUGGCAUGAUUUAAUAGCCAAGGGCAACAAUGUGCUGGGUGACGCUAUACCCAUCACUGCAGCCAAAGCAUCAAGAAACAUUGCCAGUGACUAUAAAUACAAGGAAGCUUACGAGAAGGCAAAGGGAAAGCAUGUGGGUUUUAGAAGCGUCCAGGAUGAUCCUAAGCUCGUCCACUAUAUGAAUAUGGCAAAGUUACAGUCUGAUCGUGAAUACAAGAAGAACUAUGAAAACACCAAAACCAGCUACCAUACCCCUGGGGACAUGGUUAGCAUUACAGCUGCAAAGAUGGCCCAGGAUGUUGCCACCAACAUCAACUACAAGCAGCCGAUACAUCACUACACAUACCUACCUGAUGCCCUGAGUCUUGAGCAUACCAGGAAUAUGAAUCAAAUUCAGAGUGAUAAUGUAUAUAAAGAUGAGUACAACAACUUCUUCAAGGGCGUUGGAUGGAUCCCUUUUGGUUCUCUGGAGGUUGAGAAGGCCAAGAAAGCAGGUGAUGCAUUAAAUGAGAGAAAGUACCGACAGCACCCAGAUACCAUCAAGUUCACAAGUGUGCCUGAUUCCGUGGGCAUGGUUUUGGCUCAGCACAACACAAAGCAGCUAAGUGACUUUAACUACAAGGUGGAGGGAGAGAAACGGAAGCACAAGUACACUAUGGACCCUGAUAUACCGCAGUUUAUUCAAGCCAAGGUCAAUGCCUUCAACAUCAGUGAUGCUAAUUAUAAAGCAGAUUGGAAGAAAACCCUUGCUAAGGGCUAUGAUUUGAGACCAGAUGCCAUUCCAAUUGUUGCUGCAAAAAGUUCAAGGAAUAUUGCUAGCGAUUUCAAAUAUAAGGAGGGCUAUGAGAAAGCCAAAGGCAAACAAAUUGGAUUUCUCAGUCUUCAGGAUGAUCCUAAACUGGUUCACUACAUGAAUGUAGCCAAAAUACAGUCAGAUCGUGAGUACAAAAAGGGCUAUGAAGCCAGCAAGACCAACUAUCACACCCCCUUGGAUAUGUUCAGUGUGACAGCAGCCAAGAAAUCUCAGGAGGUCGCCACCAACACCAACUACAGACAACCCUUCCACCACUACACCCUGCUGCCUGAUGCCUUGAACGUGGAGCAUUCCAGGAACGCGAUGCAGAUUCAAAGUGAUAACCUGUACAAAUCUGACUUCACCAACUGGAUGAAAGGGAUCGGCUGGGUGCCCAUAGAGUCACUGGAGGUGGAGAAGGCAAAGAAAGCAGGAGAGAUUCUUAGCGAGAAGAAGUACCGCCAGCACCCUGAGACGCUAAAGUUCACGUACGCCAUGGACACAUUGGAACAAGCACUAAACAGAAGUAACAAACAGAUUAUGAACAAGAGACUCUACAGUGAAAAAUGGAACAAAGACAAGACCACCAUUCACAUCAUGCCUGAUACUCCAGACAUUUUACUCUCCAGAGUCAACCAAAUCACCAUGAGUGAUAAACUGUACAAAGCUGGCUGGGAAGAAGAAAAGAAGAAAGGAUAUGACCUGAGGCCUGAUGCCAUCCCAAUAAAGGCUGCAAGAGCCUCCAGAGACAUUGCCAGUGAUUACAAGUACAGGCAAGCCUAUGAACAAGCCAAAGGGAAACACAUUGGCUUCCGGAGCCUAGAGGACGACCCCAAGUUGGUGCACUUCAUGCAAGUGGCCAAGAUGCAGUCAGACCGGGAGUACAAGAAGGCGUACGAGAAAUCCAAGACAUCCUUCCACACCCCGGUGGACAUGCUCAGCAUGGUGGCAGCCAAGAAGUCUCAGGAAGUGGCCACCAACACCAACUACAGGAACGUGAUCCAUACCUACAACAUGCUUCCUGAUGCCAUGAGCUUUGAAUUGGCCAAAAACAUGAUGCAGAUUCAAAGUGAUAAUCAGUACAAAGCUGACUAUGCUGACUACGUGAAGGGCAUUGGAUGGCUCCCUCUGGGCUCCCUGGAGGCUGAGAAAAACAAGAAAGCCAUGGAGCUUAUCAGUGAAAAGAAGUACCGCCAACACCCAGACACUUUGAAGUAUUCCACCUUGAUGGACUCAGUGAACAUGGUUUUGGCCAAGAAUAAUGCAAAAAUUAUGAACGAACACCUCUACAAACAAGCAUGGGAGGCUGACAAGACCAAAGUCCACAUCAUGUCUGAUAUCCCCCAGAUUAUUCUGGCAAAGGCAAAUACAAUUAAUAUGAGUGAUAAACUCUACAAACUUUCUUUGGAAGAGUCUAAAAAGAAAGGCUAUGAUCUCAGAACUGAUGCCAUUCCUAUCAAAGCUGCCAAAGCCUCAAGAGAUAUUGCAAGCGAUUAUAAAUACAAACACAAUUAUGAAAAGGAGAGGGGGAAGAUGGUUGGUUUCCGCAGUCUUGAGGAUGAUCCCAAAUUAGUCCAUUCCAUGCAAGUGGCCAAGAUGCAAUCUGAUCGGGAGUACAAGAAAAACUAUGAGAAAACCAAGACCAGCUACCACACCCCUGCCGACAUGCUCAGUGUCACGGCCGCCAAGGAUGCCCAAGCCAACAUCACCAACACCAACUACAAGCACCUGAUUCACAGUUACUUCCUCCCUCCAGACUCCAUGAACAUCCAGCUGUCCAAGAAUAUGAAUCACAUACAGAGUGAUAAUGUAUAUAAGCAUGACUACAAUGAAUGGUUCAAAGGGCUUGGCUGGAGUCCAGCUGGUUCCCUAGAAGUGGAGAAGGCCAAGAAAGCAACUGAAAAUGCCAGUGAUCAGAAAUACCGCCAGCACCCUAGCAACUUCCAGUUUAAGAAGCUGAAUGACUCCAUGGACAUGGUUCUUGCCAAGCAGAAUACGCAUACCAUGAACAAGUACCUAUACACCGUUGAUUGGAACAAAGAUAAAACCAAGACUCAUGUGAUGCCAGAUACACCAGAUAUUUUACAAGCCAAGCAAAAUCAAACACACUACAGUCAGAAACUCUAUAAACUUGGAUGGGAAGAAGCUUUGAAGAAAGGCUAUGAUCUCCCAGUUGAUGCAAUUUCUGUACAAUUGGCCAGAGCUUCAAGAGACAUUGCUAGUGAUUUUAAAUAUAAACAAGGCUACCGCAAGCAAGUCGGCCACCAUAUUGGAUUCCGGAGUCUGCAAGAUGAUCCAAAGCUUGUGUUGUCCAUGAACGUAGCCAAAAUGCAGAGUGAAAGGGAAUACAAGAAGGACUUUGAGAAGUGGAAGACCAAGUUCAGCAGCCCAGUGGACAUGUUGGGAGUGGUGCUGGCCAAGAAGUGCCAGACUUUGGUCAGUGACAUAGACUACAAGAAUUACCUGCACCAGUGGACCUGCCUGCCCGACCAGAGUGACGUUGUUCAAGCUAAAAAGGCUUAUGAACUACAGAGUGAGAAUUUGUAUAAGUCUGACCUUGAGUGGCUGAGAGGCAUAGGAUGGAGUCCCCUGGGUUCUUUGGAGGCAGAAAAGAACAAACGGGUUUCAAACAUCAUCAGUGAGAAGAAAUAUCGCCAGCCUCCAGACAGAAACAAGUUCACCAGCAUUCCUGAUGCCCUGGACAUAGUUCUGGCAAAGACAAAUGCCAGAAAUAGGAGUGAUAGACUUUAUAGAGAAGCUUGGGACAAGGACAAGACUCAAAUCCACAUCAUGCCUGAUACACCUGGCAUUAUUCUGGCUAAAGCAAACUUAAUCAAUACAAGUGAUAAACACUACCGAAUGGGUUAUGAGGAGCUGAAGAAAAAAGGUUACGAUCUUCCCGUUGAUGCCAUAUCACUCAAAGCAGCAAAAGCAUCCCGAGAAAUUGCCAGCGAAUACAAGUACAAGGAAGGUUUUCGCAAGCAGCUUGGCCACCACAUUGGUGCCCGAGCGAUACGUGACGACCCCAAGAUGAUGUGGUCCAUGCAUGUGGCCAAGAUCCAGAGUGACAGGGAGUACAAGAAGGACUUUGAGAAGUGGAAGACCAAGUUCAGCAGCCCAGUGGACAUGCUGGGGGUGGUGCUGGCCAAGAAGUGCCAGACCUUGGUCAGUGACAUAGACUACAAGAACUACCUGCACCAGUGGACGUGCCUGCCCGACGAGACUGACGUCAUGCACGCUCGGCGGGCCUACGACCUCCAGAGCGACAAUAUGUACAAGUCAGAUCUCCAGUGGCUGAGAGGCAUCGGCUGGGUUCCCAUUGGCUCUUUGGAUGUGGAAAAAUGCAAAAGGGCAACUGAAAUUUUGAGUGAUAAAAUCUAUCGCCAGCCUCCAGACCAAUUCAGGUUUACCAGUGUGACUGAUUCUCCGGAACAAGUGUUGGCCAAGAACAACGCCAUCACUAUGAACAAGCGUUUAUAUACGGAAGCCUGGGACAAAGACAAGACCCAGGUCCACAUCACAGCAGACACACCAGAAAUUACGCAGGCGAGAAUUAACAAAAUCAACUACAGUGAGAGUCGGUAUAAACUCGCCAACGAAGAAGCAAAGAAGAAAGGCUAUGACUUGCGAAGUGAUGCCAUUCCGAUCGUGGCAGCCAAGGCCUCCAGGGACAUCAUCAGUGAUUACAAAUACAAAGAUGGUUACCGCAAGCAGCUUGGCCAUCACGUUGGAGCCCGGGACGUGAAGGAUGACCCUAAGAUGAUGUGGUCCAUGCAUGUGGCCAAGAUCCAGAGUGACAGGGAGUACAAGAAGGACUUUGAGAAGUGGAAGACCAAGUUCAGCAGCCCAGUGGACAUGCUGGGGAUGGUGCAGGCCAAGAAGUGCCAGACCUUGGUCAGUGACAUGGACUACAAGAACUACCUGCACCAGUGGACGUGCCUGCCCGACCAGACUGACGUCAUGCACGCUCGGCAGGCCUACGACCUCCAGAGCGACAAUUUGUACAAGGCCGACCUUCAGUGGCUCAGAGGCAUUGGCUGGUUACCUAGUGGCUCUCUUGAGGAUGAGAGGAACAAGAGAGCUACCCAGAUUUUGAGUGACCAUGUUUACCGUCAGCACCCAGAUAAAUUCACGUUUUCCAUCCUUAUGGACUCCAUCCCAAUGGUUUUGGCAAAAAACAACGCUAUUACCAUGAACCACCAUCUCUAUACAGAAGCUUGGGAUAAAGAUAAAACCACUGUACACAUUAUGCCAGACACCCCUGAAGUUUUACUCGCUAAGCAAAACAAAAUAAAUUACAGUGAGAAACUCUAUAAACUUGGCCUAGAAGAAGCCAAGAAGAAAGGCUAUGAUAUGCGGAUAGAUGCCAUUCCCAUCAGGGUGGCCAAGGCCUCCAGAGACAUUGCAAGUGAAUUCAAAUACAAAGAAGAUUAUCGUAAGCAACUUGGCCAUCACAUUGGUGCCCGAGCGAUACAUGACGACCCCAAGAUGAUGUGGUCCAUGCAUGUGGCCAAGAUCCAGAGUGACAGGGAGUACAAGAAGGACUUUGAGAAGUGGAAGACCAAGUUCAGCAGCCCAGUGGACAUGCUGGGGGUGGUGCUGGCCAAGAAGUGCCAGACCUUGGUCAGUGACAUAGACUACAAGAACUACCUGCACCAGUGGACCUGCCUGCCCGAUGAGACUGACGUCAUGCACGCUCGGCGGGCCUACGACCUCCAGAGCGAUAAUGUGUACAAGUCAGAUCUCCAGUGGCUGAGAGGCAUCGGCUGGGUUCCCAUUGGCUCUUUGGAUGUGGAAAAAUGCAAAAGGGCAACUGAAAUUUUGAGUGAUAAAAUCUAUCGCCAGCCUCCAGACCAAUUCAGGUUUACCAGUGUGACUGAUUCUCCGGAACAAGUGUUGGCCAAGAACAACGCCAUCACUAUGAACAAGCGUUUAUAUACGGAAGCCUGGGACAAAGACAAGACCCAGGUCCACAUCACAGCAGACACACCAGAAAUUACGCAGGCGAGAAUUAACAAAAUCAACUACAGUGAGAGUCGGUAUAAACUCGCCAAUGAAGAAGCAAAGAAGAAAGGCUACGACUUGCGAAGUGAUGCCAUCCCGAUCGUGGCAGCCAAGGCCUCCAGGGACAUCAUCAGUGAUUACAAAUACAAAGAUGGUUACCGCAAGCAGCUUGGCCAUCACGUUGGAGCCCGGGACGUGAAGGAUGACCCUAAGAUGAUGUGGUCCAUGUAUGUGGCCAAGAUCCAGAGUGACAGGGAGUACAAGAAGGACUUUGAGAAGUGGAAGACCAAGUUCAGCAGCCCAGUGGACAUGCUGGGGAUGGUGCAGGCCAAGAAGUGCCAGACCUUGGUCAGUGACAUGGACUACAAGAACUACCUGCACCAGUGGACGUGCCUGCCCGACCAGACUGACGUCAUGCACGCUCGGCAGGCCUACGACCUCCAGAGCGACAAUGUUUACAAGUCUGAUCUCCAGUGGCUGAGAGGCAUUGGCUGGGUCCCCAUUGGGUCUGUGGAUGUGGUCAGGUGCAAGAGAGCUGCAGAGAUACUGAGUGACAACAUCUACCGCCAGUGUCCAGACAAGCUGAAGUUUACCAGUGUGGCUGAUUCUCUGGAACAGGUGCUGGCCAAGAACAAUGCCAUCAACAUGAACAAGCACUUAUACACAGAGGCCUGGGACAAAGACAAGACUCAAAUUCAUAUAAUGCCUGAUACCCCGGAGAUCAUGUUGGCGAGGCAGAACAAGCUCAACUACAGUGAGACUCUGUAUAAACUUGCCAAUGAAGAAGCAAAGAAGAAAGGCUAUGACUUGCGAAGUGAUGCCAUCCCGAUCGUGGCAGCCAAGGCCUCCAGGGACAUCGUCAGUGAUUACAAAUACAAAGAUGGUUACCGCAAGCAGCUUGGCCAUCACGUUGGAGCCCGGGACGUGAAGGAUGACCCUAAGAUGAUGUGGUCCAUGCAUGUGGCCAAGAUCCAGAGUGACAGGGAGUACAAGAAGGACUUUGAGAAGUGGAAGACCAAGUUCAGCAGCCCAGUGGACAUGCUGGGGAUGGUGCAGGCCAAGAAGUGCCAGACCUUGGUCAGUGACAUGGACUACAAGAACUACCUGCACCAGUGGACGUGCCUGCCCGACCAGAACGAUGUCAUGCACGCUCGGCGGGCCUACGACCUCCAGAGCGACAACAUUUAUAAAUCAGAUCUCCAGUGGCUGAGAGGCAUUGGCUGGGUCCCCAUUGGGUCUGUGGAUGUGGUCAGGUGCAAGAGAGCUGCAGAAAUACUGAGUGACAACACCUACCGCCAGUGUCCAGACAAGCUGAAGUUUACCAGUGUGGCUGAUUCCCUGGAACAGGUGCUGGCCAAGAACAACGCCAUCACUAUGAGCAAGCGCUUAUACACAGAAGCCUGGGACAAUGACAAGACCCAAAUCCACAUGAUGCCUGAUACACCUGAAAUUAUGUUGGCGAGACAAAAUAAAAUAAAUUAUAGUGAGAACCUCUAUCGCCAGGCCAUGGAAGAAGCCAAGAAAGAAGGCUAUGACUUAAGAAGUGACGCCAUUCCCAUCGUGGCUGCCAAGGCCUCCCGGGAUAUUGCCAGUGACUACAAAUACAAAGAAACUUAUCGUAAGCAGUUGGGUCACCAUAUUGGUGCCCGGAUGAUACAUGAUGACCCCAAGAUGAUGUGGUCCCUUCACGUUGCCAAAAUGCAGAGUGACCGUGAGUACAAGAAAGAUUUUGAAAAAUAUAAGACUAGGUUCAGCAGCCCAGUGGACACGCUUGGUAUCGUUUUGGCCAAGAAAUGUCAGACUUUGGUCAGUGAUGUGGACUAUAAACAUCCUCUGCAUGAGUGGACCUGCCUGCCUGACCAGAAUGAUGUCAUCCAUGCUCGGAAAGCCUAUGACCUCCAGAGUGAUAAUUUGUAUAAGUCAGACCUUGAAUGGAUGAAAGGCAUUGGCUGGGUUCCAAUUGGCUCCGUGGAAAUAGUUAAAGCCAAGAGGGCCGGAGAGAUACUGAGUGAUAACAUCUACCGCCAGCGUCCAGACACACUGAAAUUUACCAGCAUAACUGACUCUCCGGAGCAGGUGCUGGCAAAGAACAAUGCGAUAAACAUGAGUAAGCAUUUGUAUACUGAAGCCUGGGACAAUGACAAGAAAACAAUCCAUGUCAUGCCUGAUACACCAGAAAUCAUGCUAGCCAAACUCAACCGAAUAAACUACAGUGAUAAACUCUAUAAACUUGCUUUGGAAGAGUCAAAGAAGGAAGGCUAUGACUUGCGCGUGGAUGCCAUUCCAAUCCAAGCAGCCAAGGCAUCAAGAAAUAUUGCUAGUGAUUACAAGUACAAGGAAGACUACCGUAAACAGCUUGGCCACCACAUUGGGGCCCGAAAUGUUAAGGAUGACACCAAGAUGAUGUGGUCCAUCCACAUGGCCAAGAUCCAGAGUGACAGGGAGUACAAGAAGGACUUUGAGAAUUGGAAGACCAAGUUCAGUAGCCCAGUGGACAUGCUGGGAGUGGUGCUGGCCAAGAAGUGCCAGAUCCUUGUAAGCAACAUAGACUACAAGAAACCCCUUCAUGAAUGGACCUGUCUGCCUGAUCAGAAUGACAUCAUUCAAGCUCGGAAGGCCUAUGACCUUCAGAGUGAUGCUAUUUACAAGGCUGAUCGUGAGUGGCUGAGAGGCAUUGGGUGGGUGCCCAUUGGCUCUGUGGAGGUCGAGAAUGUGAAGAGAGCGGGAGAAAUCCUGAGUGACAGGAAGUACCGCCAGCCCGCAGACCAGCUCAAGUUCACAUCCAUUACAGACACCCCAGAGAUUGUCCUGGCAAAGAAUAAUGCCCUGACCAUGAGCAAGCAUUUAUAUACAGAAGCCUGGGAUACUGACAAAACCUCCAUCCACGUGAUGCCGGACACCCCAGAAAUCAUGCUGGCCAAGAGCAAUUCUGCCAAUAUCAGCCAAAAACUUUACACCAAGGGAUGGGAUGAAUCAAAGAUGAAGGACUAUGAUCUGAGAGCUGAUGCUAUUCUCAUCAAGAGUGCCAAGGCCUCGAGGGACAUUGCCAGUGACUACAAAUACAAAGAAGCAUAUGAGAAACAGAAAGGCCACCACAUUGGAGCCCGGAACGUUGAAGAUGACCCCAAGAUUAUGUGUGCCAUACAUGCAGGGAAGAUUCAAAGUGAAAGAGAGUAUAAGAAGGAUUUCCAGAAGUGGAAGACCAAGUUCAGUAGCCCAGUGGACAUGUUAGGCAUCUUGCUAGCCAAGAAAUGUCAGAUUCUGGUCAGUGACGUUGAUUAUCGAAAUUACCCGCAUCACUGGACGUGCUUACCUGAUCAAAACGACAUUAUCCAAGCAAGGAAGGCCUAUGAACUACAGAGUGAUAAUGUGUACAAAGCAGACCUGGAGUGGCUGCGUGGCAUUGGCUGGAUGCCAGAAGGCUCAGUAGAAAUGACCAGGGUGAAGGGUGCUCAACACCUGCUGAAUGAAAGACUCUACAGGACACGCCCAGAAGCCUUGAAAUUCACUUCCAUUGUCGACACGCCAGCGGUUGUCCUGGCAAAAGCCAAUUCUCUGCAAAUGAGUGAGAAACUAUAUCAAGAAGCCUGGAAUAAAGAUAAAAGCAACAUAAGCAUUCCUUCUGACAUGCCAGUCAUAUUGCAGGCCCAAAUCAAUGCCAUGCAAAUCAGCAAUAAACUCUACCAGAAAGACUGGGAUGAGGCCAAGCAGAAAGGCUAUGACUUGAGAGCAGAUGCCAUUGAAAUCAAGCAUGCCAAAGCCUCCAGAGAAAUUGCCAGUGAGUACAAAUACAAAGAAGGUUACCGUAAGCAACUGGGCCACUACGUGGGUUUCCGCAGCCUACAAGAUGACCCCAAAUUGGUAUGGUCUAUGCAUGCUGCCAAAAUCCAGAGUGACAGAGAAUACAAGAAAGCUUAUGAGAAGUCUAAAGAAAUCCACACUACACCGUUGGACAUGAUGUCCAUUGUUCAGGCCAAGAAAUGCCAGGUUCUGGUUAGCGACAUUGAUUAUCGCAAUUAUCUGCACCAGUGGACGUGUCUGCCAGACCAGAAUGAUAUGAUCCAGGCGAAGAAAGCCUAUGAACUGCAGAGCGAUAACGUGUACAAAUCCGACCUGGAAUGGCUGAAGGGUAUUGGAUGGUUGCCAGAGGGUUCCGUGGAAGUGAUGAGAGUAAAGAAUGCCCAGAAUCUCCUGAAUGAAAGGUUGUAUCGCACAAGGCCUGAGGCCCUCAAAUUCACCAGCAUUGCUGAUACCCCUGAAGUUAUUCUGGCAAAGAUCAAUGCUGUACAGAUCAGUGAGCCAUUGUAUCGUGAUGCCUGGGACAAAGAGAAGGCAAAUGUGAAGGUACCAGCUGACACUCCAUUGAUGCUGCAGUCCAAGAUCAACACCAUGCAGAUCAGCAAUAAACAGUAUCAGCAAGCUUGGGAAGAUGUCAAGAUGACCGGCUAUGACCUGAGAGCAGAUGCCAUUGGGAUCCGGCAUGCCAAGGCUUCCAGGGAUAUUGCCAGUGAUUAUCUAUACAAAACUGCUUACGAGAAACAGAAGGGUCAUUACGUUGGGUGUCGCAAUGCCAAGGAAGAUCCUAAACUGGUCUGGGCAGCAAAUGUGUUGAAGAUGCAGAAUGACAGGCUGUACAAAAAGGCCUACAAUGACCACAAGGCCAAGAUCACCAUCCCGACAGACAUGGUGUCCAUCAAUGCUGCCAAAGAAGGCCAGGCAUUAGCAAGCGAUGUGGACUAUCGCCACUACCUACACCAGUGGUCUUGCUUUCCUGACCAGAAUGAUGUGAUCCAAGCCAGGAAAGCCUAUGACCUGCAGAGUGAUGCCAUCUAUAAGGCUGACUUGGAGUGGCUACGUGGCAUCGGCUGGGUGCCCAUAGGGUCUCCCGAAGUACUGAGAGUGAAAAAUGCCCAACAUAUCCUACAAGACAGUGUCUAUCGGACACCUGUAGUGAAACUCAAGUACACAAGUAUCGUUGACACACCUGAAGUUGUCCUUGCUAAAUCAAAUGCUGAAAAUAUUAGUAUUCCAAAGUACAGAGAAGCUUGGGACGUGGAUAAAACUUCAAUCCACAUAAUGCCAGAUACUCCAGAAAUUAAUCGCGCUAGAGCCAACGCUCUUAAUGUGAGCAAUAAAAUUUACCGCGAAGGUUGGGAUGCGAUGAAGAUGAGCUGUGAUGUACGGCUGGAUGCCAUCCCCAUCCAGGCCGCCAAGGCCUCCAGGGAGAUCGCCAGUGAUUAUAAAUACAAGCUUGACCAUGAGAAGCAGAAGGGACACUACGUGGGUACCCUCACAGCCAGGGAUGACAACAAGAUCCACUGGGCCCUCAUAGCUGGCAAGAUUCAGAAUGAAAGAGAAUACCGGCUGCACUGGGCCAAGUGGAAGUCUAAGUUCCAGAGCCCUCCGGAUAUGCUUUCCAUCACGCACUCUAAACAUUGCCAGGCUCUGGUCAGCGACAUUGAUUAUCGCAAUUACCUGCGCCAGUGGAUGUGCAUGCCUGACCAGCGCGAUGUGAUUCAGGCCAGGAAAGCCUACGAUCUGCAAAGCGAUGCUAUUUACAAGGCUGACUUGGAAUGGUUACGUGGGAUCGGCUGGAUGCCAAAUGAUUCUGUUUCUGUCAAUCAUGCCAAGCACGCUGCAGAUAUCUUCAGUGAGAAAAAAUAUCGCACAAAAAUAGAAACUCUCAACUUUACUCCCGUGGAUGACAGAGUUGAUUACGUGACAGCAAAACAAAGUGGUGAAAUCCUAAAUGAUAUUAAAUACCGAAAAGAUUGGAAUGACACCAAAUCAAAGUACACCCUCACAGAAACCCCUCAGCUGCAUGCUGCCCAGGAGGCAGCCCGAAUACUGGACCAGUAUCUCUACAAGGAAAGCUGGGAGAAACAAAAAGCCACCAGUUACAUUUUGCCUCCGGAUGCUGUGCCGUUUGUUCAUGCCCAUCACUCUAGGGACGUUCAGAGCGAGCUGAAAUACAAAGCUGAUCAUGUCAAGCAGAAAGGUCAUUAUGUUGGGGUCCCGACGAUGAGAGAUGAUCCUAAACUGGUUUGGUUCGAGCACGCAGGCCAGAUUCAGAACGACAGACUAUACAAAGAGCACUAUCAUAAAACAAAGGGCAGAAUCAAUAUACCUCCUGAUAUGGUGUCGGUGUUGGCGGCCAAGGAGGGGCAGGCCCUUGUCAGUGAUAUUGAUUACCGCAAUUACAUGCACCAAUGGACGUGUCACCCUGACCAAAAUGAUGUUAUUCAGGCAAGGAAGGCCUAUGACCUACAAAGCGAUAAUGUCUACAAAGCUGACCUGGAGUGGCUCCGAGGCAUUGGUUGGAUCCCCCUGGAUUCUGUAGACCAUGUGAGGGUUACCAAGAACCAGGAAAUGGUGACUCAGAUAAAAUAUAAGAAAGAUGCUCUUGCCAACUAUCCUAACUUUACAAGCGUGGUGGAUCCUCCAGAGAUUGUUCUGGCCAAGAUUAACUCAGUCAAUCAAAGUGAUGUAAAAUAUAAAGAAACAUUUAAUAAAUUAAUAAAGGGCAAGUAUACCUUUUCUCCAGAUACACCACAUAUCACCCAUUCCAAAGACAUGGGAAAACUCUACAGUACCAUACUGUAUAAAGGAGCGUGGGAGGGAACCAAGGCCUAUGGCUACACCUUGGACGAACGCUAUAUUCCCAUUGUUGGAGCCAAGCAUGCCGACUUUGUGAACAGUGAGCUUAAAUACAAAGAGACCUAUGAGAAGCUGAAGGGUCACUACCUGGCUGGAAAAGAAAUCAGUGAGUUCCCCAACGUGGUUCACAGUCUGGAUUUCCAAAAGAUGAGGAGUGCGUUGAACUACAGAAGACAUUAUGAGGACACCAAAGCAAAUGUUCAUAUCCCCAAUGAUAUGAUGAAUCAUGUGCUGGCUAAAAGGUGCCAGUACAUCCUCAGUGACCUGGAGUACCGACACUACUUCCACCACUGGACAUCUCUUCCAGAAGAACCCAAUGUUAUUCGGGUCCAAAACGCGCAGGAGAUCUUGAGUGAUAAUGUGUAUAAAAGUGACUUGAAUUGGCUGAAAGGCAUUGGAUGCUACGUUUGGGAUACACCCCAGAUCCUCCAUGCCAAGAAAUCAUAUGACCUCCAGAGUCAGAUACAAUACACGGCAGCAGGUAAAGAAAAUCUAAAAAAUUAUAACCUGGUCACAGAUACACCGCUUUACGUGACUGCUCUUCAAAGCGGCAUUAAUGCCAGUGAGGUGAAAUAUAAAGAAAAUUAUCAUCAGAUUAAAGACAAAUAUACGACAGUUCUAGAAACGGUGGAUUAUGACAGAACCAAGAAUCUGAAGGAUCUGUAUAGCAGUAACCUGUACAAGGAGGCCUGGGAUAAAGUGAAAGCCACCAGCUAUACCCUGCCUUCCAACACCGUGUCCCUGACACACGUCAAGAACCAGAAGCAUCUGGCCAGCCAUAGCAAAUAUCGGGAAGAAUAUGAAAAGUUCAAAGCUCUUUAUACUUUACCCAAAAGUGUUGAAGAUGAUCUGAACACAGCACGGUGCCUCCGAGUUGGCAAGUUUAACAUCGAUCGCCUGUACAGAUCUGUUUAUGAGAAGAACAAGAUGAAAAUCCACAUGGUGCCCGACAUGGUAGAGAUGGUUACCGCUAAGGAUUCUCAGAAGAAAGUCAGUGAGAUCGAUUACCGCCUUCACCUCCACGAGUGGACUUGCCACCCUAACUUGCAAAUCAACAGUCACGUCAGGAAGGUCACAGACGAGAUCAGCAACAUUGUGUACAAAGAUGAUCUCAACUGGCUGAAAGGCACCGGUUGCUACGUCUGGGACACCCCUGAGAUUCUCCAUGCCAAGCAUGCUUACGAUCUACGCGAUGAUAUCAAGUACAAAGCUCACGCGCAGAAAACAAGGAAUAACUACAAGCUGGUUACUGACACUCCCAUCUAUGUUCAGGCUGUCCAAAGUGGGAAACAACUAAGUGACGCCGUCUACCACCAUGACUACGUGCACAGCGUCAGAGGCAAAGUGGCUCCAACCACAAAAACUGUGGAUCUGGACCGGGCCCUUCAUGCACACAAGCUCCAGAGUGAGAAUCUGUACCGAAGAGCUGGCCUGCACUCCCUGCCCACUGGAUAUAGGCUUCCGGUUGACACCCCUCACUUCAAACACACCAAGGAUACCCAAUACAUGAGCAGCUAUUUCAAGUACAAAGAAGUUUAUGAACACAUGAAGGCAAAUGGGUAUACCCUUGGACCCAAUGACGUCCCAUUUGUCAAUGUCCGAAGGGUCAACAACGUUACCAGUGAGAGACUGUAUCGACAGUUGUACCACAAACUGAAAGACAAGAUCCACACAACUCCCGACACACCUGAAAUCCGCCAAGUCAGGAAGACACAAGAGGCUGUCAGCGAGUUGAUUUACAAAUCAGAUUUCUUCAAGAUGCAAGGCCACAUGAUCUCUCUGCCAUACACACCCCACGUGCUCCAUUGCCGCUACGUUGGAGACAUCACCAGUGAUAUUAAAUACAAAGAAGACUUGCAGAUCCUGAGGGGACUGGGCUGCUUCCUGUAUGACACUCCUGACAUGGUCCGCUCCCGGCACCUGCGGAAGCUCUGGUCUAAUUACCUAUACACCGAUAAUGCAAGGAAGAUGCGAGACAAAUACAAAGUGGUGCUUGACACUCCAGAAUACAGAAAAGUGCAGGAAUUGAAGACACAUCUGAGUGAACUGGUGUACAGAGCUGCAGGCAAGAAGCAGAAGUCAAUCUUCACUUCAGUUCCUGAUACUCCUGACCUUAUAAGAGCCAAGCGAGGGCAGAAGCUUCAGAGCCAGUAUCUGUAUGUUGAACUUGCCACCAAAGAGAGACCACAUCAUCAUGCUGGAAACCAGACCACAGCCUUGAAGCAUGCUAAAGACGUGAAGGACAUGGUCAGUGAGAAAAAGUACAAAAUUCAAUACGAAAAGAUGAAGGACAAGUACACUCCAGUUCCAGAUACACCAAUCCUCAUCAGAGCCAAGAAGGCUUACUGGAAUGCCAGUGAUCUACGCUAUAAAGAAACAUUUCAAAAGACCAAAGGGAAAUACCACACUGUGAAGGAUGCUCUAGACAUCGUUUAUCAUCGCACAGUCACAGACCACAUCAGUAAAAUAAAAUACAAAGAGAACUACAUGAGCCAGCUGGGAAUCUGGAGGUCCAUUCCUGAUCGCCCUGAGCAUUUCCACCAUCGAGCAGUCACUGAUGCAGUCAGUGAUGUAAAAUAUAAAGAAGAUUUGACCUGGCUUAAAGGCAUCGGUUGCUAUGCCUUUGAUACCCCUGACUUCACUCUGGCUGAAAAGAACAAGACUCUCUACAGCAAGUAUAAGUAUAAAGAGGUAUUUGAAAGGACGAAGUCAGAUUUCAAGUAUGUUGCUGAUUGUCCAAUCAAUAGGCAUUUCAAGUUUGCAACUCAGUUGAUGAAUGAGAAAAAAUACAGAGCUGAUUAUGAGCAGCGGAAAGAUAAAUACCACCUGGUAGUCGAUGAGCCUAGACAUCUGCUGGCUAAGAUCGCAGGCGACCAGAUCAGUCAGAGAAAAUAUAAAUCUAGUGCCAAGAUGCUUCUGAAACAAGGAUGUAAUGAAAUUCUGCGUCCAGAUAUGUUGACUGCCCUCUACAACACAUACAUGUGGAGCCAGAUCAAGUACAGGAAAAAUUAUGAAGAAACAAAGGACAAGUUUACCUCAGUUGUGGAUACUCCAGAACACCUACGUACUACAAAAGUCAACAAACAAAUUAGCGAUAUACUGUAUAAGCUGGAAUACAACAAGGCCAGACCCAGAGGCUACACCACAAUCCACGACACGCCCAUGUUGCUGCAUGUCCAAAAGGUCAAAGAUGAAGUCAGUGAUCUGAAAUACAAAGAAGUUUACCAGAGAACUAAGUCCAACUGUACUAUUGAGCCUGAUGCUGUUCAUAUCAAAGCAGCCAAGGAUGCCUACAAAGUCAACACCAAUCUGGAUUACAAGAAGCAGUAUGAAGCCAACAAAGCCCACUGGAGAUGGAUCCCUGACCGACCGGACUUCAUCCAGGCCGCCAAGUCAUCCUUACAGCAAAGCGAUUUUGAAUACAAGCUGGACCGGGAGUUCCUCAAGGGUUGCAAGCUUUCUGUCACUGAUGAUAAAGACAUGGUGCUGGCCCUGAAAAAUUCUAUAAUAGAAAGUGAUCUGAAAUACAAACAGAAACAUGUCAAGGAAAGAGGAACCUGCCAUGCCGUGCCCGAUACGCCUCAGAUCCUCCUGGCAAAGGCAGUCAGCAAUCUGGUGUCCGAGAACAAGUACAAGCGGCAUGUGAAGAAGCACUUGGCUCAGGGCUCAUACACAACACUGCCAGAGACGCGGGACACCAUUCAUGUCAAGGAAGUGACCAGGAACGUCAGUGAUACAAAUUACAAGGAGAAGUUUGUCAAGGAGAAAGGAAAAUCCAACUACUCCAUCAUGCUGGAGCCCCCAGAGGUGAAACACGCUAUGGAGGUGGCCAAGAAGCAGAGUAAUGUCGCUUACAAAAAAGAUGCUAAAGAAAACCUCCAUUACACAACAGUGGCCGAUCGGCCAGACAUCAAGAAGGCCACGCAGGCAGCCAAACAGGCCAGCGAGGUGGAGUACAGAGCCAAGCACCGCAAGGAAGGCAGCCACGGGCUAAGCAUGCUUGGUCGUCCAGACAUUGAGAUGGCCAAGAAGGCAGCCAAGCUGAGCAGCCAGAUUAAAUACCGAGAAAAUUUCAACAAAGAGAAGGGCAAGAGACCAAAAUACAAUCCAAGAGACAGCCAGCUCUUCAAAAUCAUGAAAGAUGCUAAUAAUCUCACAAGUGAGGUUAAGUAUAAGGCUGACUUGAAGAAACUUCACAAACCUGUGACUGACAUGAAGGAAUCUUUGAUAAUGAAUCAUGUCUUGAAUACAAGCCAACUCGCCAGUUCUUACCAGUACAAGAAGAACUAUGAGAAGAGUAAAGGCCACUACCACACAAUACCCGACAAUCUGGAGCAACUUCAUCUAAAAGAGGCCACAGAAUUACAGAGUAUAGUGAAAUACAAAGAAAAGUAUGAAAAGGAACGAGGAAAGCCCAUGUUGGACUUUGAAACACCGACAUACAUCACUGCCAAAGAGUCUCAGCAGAUGCAGAGUGGGAAAGAAUAUAAGAAAGAUUAUGAAGAGUCCAUUAAAGGCAGAAACCUGAUUGGCCUGGAGGUCACGCCAGCUUUGUUACAUGUCAAAUAUGCAACCAAAAUAGCCAGCGAGAAAGAGUACAAGAAAGAUCUAGAGGAAAGCAUCCGUGGGAAGGGUCUCAGUGAAAUGGAAGAUACGCCCGACAUGCUAAGAGCAAAGAAUGCCACUCAGAUCCUCAAUGAGAAAGAAUAUAAGAGAGACCUGGAGCUGGAAGUCAAAGGAAGAGGCCUGAAUGCCAUGGCCAAUGAAACUCCCGACUUCCUCAGAGCCAGGAAUGCUACAGAUAUUGCCAGUCAGAUUAAGUAUAAGCAAUCAGCAGAAAUGGAAAAAGCCAAUUUUACUUCUGUGGUUGAUACUCCGGAGAUCAUUCAUGCCCAACAAGUCAAGAACCUUUCAAGCCAGAAAAAGUACAAGGAAGAUGCAGAGAAGUGCAUGUCAUGUUAUGAGACCGUUUUGGACACCCCAGAGAUGCAGAGGAUCCGGGAGAACCAAAAGAACUUCAGCCUUCUUCAAUACCAGUGUGACCUUAAAAACAAUAAAGGAAAAAUUACAGUUGUUCAAGACACGCCAGAAAUACUGCGUGUUAAAGAAAAUCAAAAGAAUUUCAGCUCGGUUUUAUAUAAAGAAGAUGUCUCACCAGGAACGGCGAUUGGAAAGACACCUGAGAUGAUGAGAGUGAAGCAAACCCAGGACCAUAUUAGCUCGGUGAAGUAUAAGGAGGCGGUUGGACAAGGAACCCCCAUCCCAGACCUGCCUGAAGUGAAGCGCGUCAAGGAGACACAGAAGCACAUCAGCUCGGUUUUGUACAAAGAAAACUUGGGAACAGGCAUUCCAACCCCUGUCACUCCAGAGAUUGAGAGAGUCAAACGCAAUCAAGAGAACUUUAGCUCGGUUUUGUACAAAGAAAAUCUGGGGAAAGGAACCCCAACCCCUGUCACUCCAGAGAUGGAGAGAGUCAAACGCAAUCAAGAGAACUUUAGCUCGAUUCUGUACAAAGAGAACUUGAGCAAGGGGACUCCUCUCCCUGUCACUCCCGAGAUGGAGCGGGUCAAGCACAACCAGGAGAACUUUAGCUCGGUGUUGUAUAAAGAAAACAUCGGGAAAGGGAUUCCAGUUCCCAUCACUCCAGAGAUGGAGAGGGUCAAACACAAUCAAGAAAACUUUAGUUCGGUGCUAUACAAAGAAAACCUGGGCACAGGGAUCCCAAUCUCCAUCACUCCAGAGAUGCAGAGAGUCAAACUCAAUCAAAAGAACCUUAGCUCGGUGUUAUACAAAGAAAACAUGGGCAAGGGAACCUCUUUACCUGUCACUCCAGAGAUGGAGAGAGUCAAACACAAUCAAGAAAAUAUUAGCUCGGUUUUGUACAAAGAAAAUGUGGGGAAAGGCACCCCAAUCCUUGUCACUCCAGAGAUGCAGAGAGUCAAACGCAAUCAAGAGAACAUUAGCUCGGUGUUAUACAAAGAGAACCUGGGGAAAGCUACCCCCGCACUCUUUACUCCCGAGAUGGAAAGAGUCAAACGCAAUCAAGAAAACGUUAGCUCGGUAUUGUACAAAGAGAAUAUGAGAAAAGCAACUCCGACACCGGUCACUCCAGAGAUGGAGAGAGCUAAGCGCAACCAAGAAAACAUUAGCUCGGUGCUUUAUUCUGAUAGCUUCCGGAAACAAAUACAAGGCAAAGCUGCCUAUGUCUUGGACACGCCAGAGAUGAGACGGGUGAGGGAGACCCAACGCCACAUCUCAACGGUGAAAUAUCAUGAAGACUUCGAGAAACACAAGGGUUGCUUCACACCAGUGGUGACAGACCCCAUCACUGAACGAGUAAAGAAGAACACACAGGACUUCAGUGACAUUAACUACCGAGGUAUUCAGAGAAAAGUGGUAGAAAUGGAACAAAAACGGAAUGACCAGGAUCAGGAAACUACUACAGGUUUACGUGUCUGGCGUACAAAUCCUGGCUCAGUUUUUGACUAUGAUCCAGCAGAAGACAACAUUCAGUCCCGAAGCUUACACAUGAUUAAUGCACAAGCUCAGCGCCGGAGCCGGGAGCAGUCUCGAUCUGCCAGCGCGCUGAGCGUCAGCGGCGGCGAGGAGAAGUCUGAGCAUUCAGAAGGUGCCCACCUCUCCACCUACAGCGACGGGGGCGUCUUCUUCUCUGCAACCUCACCAGCUUACAAACAUGCUAAAACCACAGAGCUCCCACAGCAACGAUCAUCUUCAGUUGCUACCCAGCAGACAACGGUAUCCUCCAUCCCAUCUCAUCCAUCUACUGCUGGAAAAAUCUUCCGUGCCAUGUAUGACUAUAUGGCUGCAGAUGCAGAUGAGGUGUCCUUCAAAGACGGAGAUGCCAUUGUAAACGUCCAAGCCGUUGAUGAAGGUUGGAUGUAUGGCACCGUGCAGAGGACUGGCAGGACCGGCAUGCUCCCAGCCAACUACGUUGAAGCUAUUUAGGAACUUCAAAGCACUGCACCUGUCUACAGCACCUACAAAUCUUGCCGUCAGUAUUUCAGUUUAGACUCUCCACUAUUCCCCGAGUUCUGAAGCUGCCUAGUGGUUUUUGUGUCAAUAUGAUUCAUGGUUGUACCAUCCCUUAACUUGUUUCUAUAUGUACCCCAAUAAUUCACCAGUAAAACAAAGGUUAGUACAACUAAUCUGUCCAAUUAUUAAACUAGACUUCUAUCUUCUGGACUUGCACAUAAAACGAGACAACAUUAAACCCAUAGGUCUUUUAAUUGCCAUUAUUAAAUUUUCCUUUGGGUUUUAAAAUGUUUAAUUUCAGAAUAGACAUUUUUAAAGUUCCUGCAUUGUUGUUAUUUUAUUGCUGCAUCAACCCAGAAUCUUUCUCCAUUAUGAAAAUGUUUAACAGUAUUUCUUUUCUAAAUCAAGAGUUCUAAACAUGUUAAAAACACAUUUUUAAAAAAAUGGCAGAUAUUCACCUUUUCCUUGCUGACUGACUGCUGACAAUCUUAUUUCUAAUCCAGUUCUGAAGUUAGUUAGUUAUAAAGCUGAUAGACAAUAUAAACUGGUGUUAAGCUAGUAACUAAUAAAAUCUGCAACAAACA